CACUCUUACCCAUACUGUCAGUACUCGAGAGGAAAUGAGUGUGUGUUGUAUGUAUAUACACGUGUGUGUGUGUGUAUGAGAGGCAGACCUCUCUGCAGCAGUGUACAGUUUAGAAGAUGAUGAACAGAUUGAACAUCUGUUUGUGAUUUCAGCUUCAGGAAAACUUCAUGUCGGAAUCAUCGAUCACAGAAACGAUCCCUGAUAACUCCACCCAAUCAAAGUGAAUUUCAUUGAAAAAAAAAAGAUCCAACCUCUGACAUCACCAUGGAAUUGGACUCCGCCCUCAACCUGAGUACCAUCAACGAGUCCACAUCCCUCCAUGAAGUCUCAAACCAACUGUGUGAUUUUCUCUCGCUCGACAGCUCGGACUACCAGAAGACCCUCAUUCCUGUUGUUUACUUUCUAAUCUUCAUCCUGGGUUUCCUCGGGAACAUGCUAGCGGUGUGCGUGCUGGGUCAGAAGUCACUGAGAUGCACUGUUGCGAACAUGUACCUGUUAAACCUGGCUCUGUCUGACCUUGUCUUUCUUAUUGGUCUUCCGUUCUGGGCAGUGCAUUACCUCCGGAAUUAUGACUGGCCAUUCGGAUGGUUCAUGUGCAAGUUUUGUGGAUUUUUAACCUCGCUAAACACCUACGCUAGUAUCUACUUCAUCAUGGGAAUGAGCAUUGAUCGGUAUCGUGUCAUUGUCUCCCCACUGCAUUCGCACUGCACCGAGAGUCGGUAUUACGCCAGGACUGUGUUUCAUGCCAGGUGCGUGUGCGCCGUGAUCUGGGUCCUAGCGAGUCUCACAACCAUUCCAGUGCUUGUUUUCAGGGAAACGCGUCACUAUGUUGAGAAUAAUGUGACAGCCUGUGCGAUGAACUACCCGACUAGGCAAUGGCACGGAAUGCUAACUCUUGCUAAGAGCACUUUCGGCUUCCUGAUCCCUUUUAUAGUCAUAGCGACGUGCUACGGCCGAAUCAGGUGUCACCUGUUAGCAUCUCCGGAAUUGGUGGAAGCUGAUCCUUCACGUUUGGAGCGUGUGCGCCGCGUUGCGCUCGCCAUAGUCACAGCUUUCUUCCUCUGCUGGUUCCCAUUUCACACGUUGUCCUUCAUGGGCGUGUUGCAGGAGUUCGGCAUGAACUGGAGCUGUAAAGUUCAGCAGGUGAUGGGCAUCAUGACGGCUCCUGCUCUCUGCCUUGGCUUCGCCAACUCUGCCAUCAACCCGCUGCUCUACUGCUUUGUGGGAAAUCGAUUUCGCCAGCAGCUGCGCCGCCUCUGGAAGGCGAAAGGGCAAAAGUUUGGAAAGCAGAGGCGUCACUCUGUCAGCAUGCAGAUCAGCUCCUUCUCGCGAAAACUCAGCGACACCAAAGACACAGUGGCCUCUGUUACUGUGGAGGACAAACAGUAAUUUAUACACAAAGCAGGAUGGAACUUUUUCAUAGAGGACUUUGCAGGUCAUGGGGUUAAAGAUGUUAAUGACCGUAGUUCAUGAUUCAGCUAGCUAACCCCACGUAUUAUUGUUGUUUAUAUGGACAAUGUUAAAGCACAGUACACGAAAACGAUCACGAUUCUCAACAUUUUCCUCAGAUGUCUUGGUCAAUUACUAAGAAAUGCCCCAAUAAUUAUGAGCCCCACACCAAAAGUCUGCGGGUUCUGACAAACCAACAACAAACAGUGACCUCUACUGGACCGGAGAACAAACUGCGACUCACUCGUCCCCUCCCUCAAGGACGAAGGACAGGAGUGGAACAUGCAUGUCUUUGUAUCUGGAUAUACUUAUGUUCAGUUCUCCUGUCUUUUACUCAUCAUGGUGACAUCUAGUGGUGUGGAGGACAACCUGUAUCACAUGCCAUCACAUGCAGGACAGGAGCCGACAAUUAAUUCUCAUUGGCUUCGUAGAGCACAUGAUCUUGAUCUCGAUCUAGACCUUUCCUUAUGAACUGAUGUAAAAAUUACACAAGCGCACUGUUGUACUGGAUUCAAAAUGGUUUCCUUUUAAGCUAGCACACUGUAUAGUGCACUAGAAAUCAAUUCAGAGUUAUUUAAGACACAAGUUCUGAGUAGUAAGAUAUAUAGAAAGAAAUGUUUUAUUUUUUGUUAAUUACGGAACUAUAACAUGCACCUAUUUAGCAUGCAUCACAUUUGCUAGUGUUUCAGGGAAGAGAUGUUACGCUAAAUCAUGCUAAUAUUAUAAUGCUGGUUGGUCAUCAGUAAAACUUGUUAGAUCACAAUAAAGGCACGUUAGAAAAA